UGAGUGGUGUUUUAAAUAUGGGAACUAAAGAAUUGGGGUGUUGGCUUCUAUUUGUGUUGUACAUCUUCCAAAAACUUUUAACUGAAGAGUCUGUGCACUGCAGUUUUUUCCACAGAGCUGGAAUUUGAAGCAGCGUUUUCAUUUCUUCAAGAAAAAUAUGGUACCCCUGAGUCUAACUUCAUCGAUAUGCCUAAACAUAUAUAUUUUUAUAUGGGGAGAAAGUGUGCAAGGCAAUUGUAUACAAUUUUCUACCACGGAUUCUUCAGCUAUCAACUUUCUUGAAGAAUUAUCCAAUACAGGAAGCAAAAGUAACCCUAAUGAUACUGCAGAUAAGGAAAAUUGUGGUGAUUCAUGUGCGGUUCAAACUAAAAUCACACGAGAAGAAAAGCAUUUUAUGUGUAGGAAUUUGCAGAGUUCCAUUGUUUCCUAUACAAGAAGCACCAAAAAACUCCUCAGAAAUAUGAUGGAUGAACAGCAAGCUUCUUUGGAUUAUCUAUCUAAUCAGGUGAAUGAACUUAUGAAUAGAAUCCUUCUUUUGAAUACAGAAGUUUUUAGAAAAUAUCUGGAUCCCUUUCCUCAUAGACCAGUUCAGGCACAUGGUUUGGAUUGCACUGAUAUUAAAGAUACAAUUGGCACUGUAACAAAAACUCCAAGUGGUUUAUACAUAAUACACCCAGAAGGCUCCAGUUACCCUUUUGAGGUAAUGUGUGACAUGGAUUAUAGAGGAGGUGGAUGGACCACGAUACAGAAAAGGAUCAAUGGAGCAAUUGAUUUCCAAAGGCUCUGGUGUGAUUAUCUGGAUGGAUUUGGAGAUCUUUUAGGAGAAUUUUGGCUUGGAUUAAAAAAAAUAUUUUACAUCGUAAAUCAAAAAAACACCAGCUUUCUGCUACUUGUAACACUGGAAUCUGAAGAUGAAACAUUUGCUUAUGCAUCGUACGAAAACUUUUGGAUAGAAGAUGAAACAAACUUUUUUAAGAUACACUUAGGACGUUAUUCAGGAAAUGCAGGUGAUGCAUUCCGUGGUCUCAGAAAGGAAGACAAUCAAAAUGCAAUGCCUUUCAGCACCUCUGAUGUUGAUAAUGAUGGAUGCCGUCCAGCAUGCAUGAUUGGUGGUCAGUCAGUCAAGAGUUGUAGUCACUUCAAUAAUAAGACUGGUUGGUGGUUUGGUCAGUGUGGUUUAGCAAAUCUUAAUGGUGUUCAUCAGUACCCAGGAAAGUUGCUCUCAUCUGGAAUUCACUGGGGUACAUGGGUUAAAAACAAUUCAUGGGUCAGAAUCAAAUCUGUUUCGAUGAAAAUACGAAGAACUUACAAUCCACUUUUCAAAUAAUUAACCAUAAAACAAUAAUAUAUUAGUUAUUCCAGCUAUUCUGGAUAAAGUAUAAGUACCAUCCUAUUAAAAUGUCUAUAUUUCUUUCAUCAAAAAAAUUAUAAGAGCUUAUGUUUAUGUAGAACUUUAUGGUUUAAAAAGUGCUUUUCCUCAAAAUAACCCUGAAAGGUAGGUUGUGCAAGUAUUAUUAUACCCAUUUUAUGGGAAAGGAAACCAGAGCUCAGAGAGAUUAAGUGACUUAUCCAAGGUCACUUAACCAGUUAAGUAUAAUAGUGGGGACUUGAAUCAGGUCUCCUAACUCCAAAUCCAAUUUCAGUUCUGAUCUUAUGCCUUGAUUUUUAUAAAGCGAAAGUUUAGCCUAAUAUGAUGUGUGACAUACUGUAGAAGCAUCAACAAUAUAUAAUUAAUUCCUUUUUAAAAAAUUGUUCAUCCUCUAACCAGCUUAUUGGAUCUAGUUAAUUUCUGGGUUUUCUCACUUUUAUCCUCCCUAAGUACCAAAGUGUAACAAAUAAGACUGUUUUCAAAAUAGAAUAUGUCUUCAAAAUAACAUUGAAGGAGAAAAGCAAGAAUCAUUUUCCUUUUUCUUAGUGUCUAAUAUAUAGCCACACAUACACACACAUGCACAUGUGUGCAUAUAUAUAACACAGAAAUAUCUGUUGAAUGAAUAAACAUGUUUAAAAUACUUGAAAGCAAACUUUUCAAGUAUCCUUACGGACUUUCAGGGGCCCGUAUACAUAAAAUGAUACAUUAUUUAGAAAUCUAUGUUGUUUAUUUUGAAGGACUGUUUUAAAGGACCUCUACUAGGUAAUAGUUUGAAUCUUGUUAACCUACUUUGAACAGUUGGAAAAAAUUAAAUUGUAUUUCUUUAAAAAUUA